AAUAAAAUUAAAAAAAAGCCUAAACAUGAAAGUAAGAAUACAAUAGAAUACCUUGUUGCCUCUACUACUCAAAAUUUAAAUUCUAUUCAAUAUUUUAAUAUAGAAACUUCAAUCCAAAAUAGAAUAAUUGAGAAAGUUAUUAUUCCUAGUAUACUACUACCAAAUAUUAUAGCACAGAAUAAGGCAAAAGAAGUCAUUAUUAAAACAAAUAAUAAAAUUACAAAGUAUCAAGAAGACUAUAAUUCAACUACCAAUCUGAAAGUCAAAUAUAAGCUAAUAAAUCAUAUACAAAACCUUAAGCAA